CCAGGAAGCUGGAAGCUCGUAUAGGUCUGACAUGUAACUGCUUGAUAAACAGACAGCCACCAGGCGCUGUAAUGUUCGCGGACAGCUUUGCGAGAACACAUUUCGUAAAAGGAACACGCCAACCCCGGUGACGUUUACUCAAAGCACAUUAGCACGUCGUUUGAGCUAGUUUUGUGUCAUGGUUAAAAAGUUGCUGGUUGUUGGUUAACGAGCCAUGCUAGCUAGCUGCGUGGCUAAAUCCAGCUCGCCGUCUGUGCUGCCGCCUCUCAGCACAUUCUCUCUGUCUCAGGGUCAUUGCUGUGUUAGUGUGAGUUAUUUCGGUUUCGUUUUCUGUCUCUGAAAACACAAAACCUGCUGUCUAAUAUGUGAAAACGAAGAGUGACGACCUAACGAAUGCAGAACCUCUGCAUGUCUUUCCCCACCGUUUCUGUUUUUAAAAAGGACUGCGUUUGUGUUUAAGGACAACUGCUGCUCUUUCCCUAAACUUUCUUUUCUCAGUGACACAGUGACAGUUGUGUGGAUUAAACACUAAACCAAACUCCUUUCUUCUAAACUGCCUGCAGGACCUCUGUCCAUGCUCGUCCCAAUACAAUGACUGCAAAUGCCUGGAGUGAGCAUUGAUUGUAAAGCUUCUAUCUGUUGUCAUCGAGCAUCCCCUGCCACUUCUCCCUCUCACCAUGUUAGAGGGACUUGUUGCCUGGGUACUUAACACAUACCUGGGCAAAUAUGUCAGCAACCUUAACACUGAUCAGCUCUCUGUUGCUCUUCUCAAAGGAGCAGUAGAGCUCGAGAAUCUUCCUUUAAGGAAAGAUGCACUCCGAGAGUUUGAUCUGCCCUUUGAGGUCAAAGCAGGCUUCAUUGGGAAGAUUGUGCUUCAGAUCCCCUUCUAUCGCCCUCAUAGUGAUCCAUGGGUCAUCUCCAUGUCUCAGCUGAACUUGAUUAUUGGCCCUGCCCGUCCCCAGGAAUACGAUGAGGCGCGAGAAAGGGAAGCAGAGCGAGAGCAGAAGAAACGGUUGCUCAAAACGUUGGAGGACAAAUGGAAGAGUGAACGUGAGCAGAAGGGUGAGUCAUACUGGUACUCAGUCACUGCAUCUGUUGUCACCAGGAUAGUGGAGAAUAUUGAGCUGAAGAUUCAAGGCGUGCACCUAAGGUUUGAGGAUGACUUCUCUAACCCAGAAAAGCCCUUUGCCUUUGGAGUUUGUAUUAAGAAUGUAUCGGCACAGAACUCCUCCAAAGAACCGACGCAGAAGCUCAUGCGGCAGAAGCAGCUGGAGAUUGAGGAGUUCAGUGUGUACUGGGACACGCAGUGCACCAUGCUCGGGGAUCUUCCUCUGGCCGAAAUACAGGAAACUAUGACCAUGUGCAUGCAGAGCAGGGAGCAUCAGUAUAUAUUUGAGCCAGUGUGUGCGUCUGUACUGCUGAGAAGAAAUGCCUCAAAAGAACCGCUACGAUCUCGUCACACGCCUCGCAUCGAGGGCCAGGUGCAGCUGGAGCCCCUCUCGCUGCACCUUUCUCAGGUUCAGUAUCAGCAGAUAAUGGCUUUCCUCAAGGAGCUUGACAGGCGAGAAAGGGAGAUGCUUUUCCGCAAGUGGAGACCCAAAGUCCCUGUCUCAGAAAACUGCCGGCAGUGGUGGAUGUUUGCCAUAAGUGCUAACCUGGAAGACAUCAGAGAGAAGCAGAGGCGGAAUAACUGGGACUUUGCACUUCAGCGAGCCCGUGAUGCCAAGCUCUACACAAAACUUUAUGCACAGAGGCUUAAGGGAGUUCAUCUGAGUCUACAGGAGGAGAGUGAGCUUGAAAGGAUUGAAGAUGACCAGACCCUGGAGGAGUUGCAGAUUCUCAGGGAAAUCGUUCAUGAAUCCUUUCGAAAGCAGGAGGAAAUUGCAGAGAGUUUACGAGAGCCCAUGUCAGAACCAGCAGCUUCUUCACCUUCUGGUUCCAUUCCAAGAAGUGGCAGUUCUGGUAUGAUUCAGUACCUGCAGUCUUGGUUUCCUGGUUGGGGAGGUUGGUAUGGAGGUGCUGAGAAAGGGCCCGAUGGCCAGCCAGUGACAGAUGAGCUCAUGCCAGGAAGUAGCCAAUGGGAUAUCCUGGCUGAAACAGAUGACCUCUUUGACCCAUUGGAAGACUCUCAGACACUGAAUACUUUUACUCGGAGGGAUCACCUGUUUGCACGGCUGGAUUUCUUCUUAGAGAAUGCAACUGUCACUCUUGUCCAGGAAGACAAGUUGAAUCGUUUAUCCAAUGAGAGUGGUGUUAUUCAGUUGAAGUUUUCAGGAGUGAAGAUUGGUGUUGAGUCUCUGCCCCGCUCGGAGUCGUCUUUAUUUUCUGUAAAGCUUGGGGGGCUGUUUCUCACAGACCUCACCACCCAGGGAUCUAUUUUCCCUGUCUUGGUGUCACCAAAACCAAGCACAGUUGCUGUCACUAUCAAUCAGCCAUUUGCGCAGAGUAGUAGCACAGACAAAAGCAGCACCGAUUCUGACACGAAAUCUUCUGCAUCACCUGUCUUUGAGAUGAUCUAUGAGCGUAACCCUAUAAGGAGCAGGUUUGAGAGGAGGCUGGAGGUCAAUACCAGCCCCCUCAAUAUCUUCUAUAAUCCCCAAGCUAUAAAGAAAGUGGCUGACUUUUUCUACAAGGGAAGAGUUCAUACAUCAGGGUUUGGAUAUCAGUCAGAAUUAGAGUUGAGGGUGGCUGAUGCAGUAAGGAGACAAUACAACAAGCUCAAAAUACAGACCAAAGCUGAAAUCCGGCAGACCAUAGACCAGCUGCUAGUUGGAGAGUUCAUAGAGAAUAGUAAGCGAUGGACAAUGAAAUUGGAUAUAUGUGCACCUCAGGUUAUCUUUCCUGAUGAUUUUCAGUCCGAAGACCCCAUGCUGGUGGUUGUUGAUCUUGGUCGUAUCCUUCUUACCAAUUCCCAAGAAGAUUUGAAAACAAAGUCCAAAGUCUCUCAGUCAGAAGGAGACGAGUUCAGUGAUGAGGAAUAUCAGACUCCACCAGCAACACCUCCUGGGUCUCCCCCUCCCGAACCAGAGACAGAGUAUAAAGGGCAGGAGAAGACCUCUGAUCUCUGUAGCCUUAAAUCAAUAGAGGGAGCUCAGUCCUUUGGCAGGAUUCUGUAUGAGAAGUAUUCCUUAUCAUUUAAUGACUUACAAAUCAUGGUUGGUCGCUACAAAGACAACUGGAAACGUCUACAGGAGAAUGAAGUGGGGCCGACCCACGUAGUGGAGAAAUUCAAUGUGCUUUUACAGCUGGAGCAGAGGCUACGUUACACCUCAGAUCCUCAGCUUCCUGGUGCAGUUCUCUCAGGUACCUUACCAGACCUCAAAAUACACAUCAACCUGGAGAAGUUGACUGCACUGAGAAGCUGCCUGGCUAGACUGGGUAGUCCAAGUGCAGAUGAGGCCAAUACGGGAGAGGCCAUCAAAUCACCUGAACCUUUAACGCUCCGUCAUGAAAAGAUUUUCGAGAGGGAAGACAGUCAAAGGGAGCUCCAGGAGUCUGACAAAAAUCUCACCAAGAGUGUGAUGACUCUUGAGCAACACACACGUGAGGUGCUUGUUGAGUCUAGGCUUCUCCUUGCAGAAUUCAACAUCAACUACAUGCAGCUUGGUGUUGAAAGUGGAGGGCAGUAUAUAUCUGUCCUCAAGGUGUUUGGAACAAAUGCUCAUUUUGUGAAACGGCCCUAUGAUGCUGAGGUUUCCCUCACAGUCCAUGGACUUCUCCUGGUGGAUACAUUGCAGACGUAUGGGUCUGAUUUUGAUCUGCUUGUGGCAUCGCAUAAGCACCUCAGUUUUGAUGUGCCCACUGGCAGUCUAAGAGAGAGUCAGCCUACAUCACCAGUAUCACAAGAUGGGAAAUCUCCUGAGACCUCGGACUUGGGUGUGCCUUUUGAGAAAAUAUCUCCACUCAGUUCAUUUUUUAGAGAUCAGGAGGCUCUCAUUAAAUUGGAGUACCAGUUUGUCAGCUCAGACUGUCCAUCAAUGAAUUUGGAAAGCUCCCUACAGGUUACCUCCAUGCAGGUUAACAAUUUGGAUAUUAUUCUCAACCCUGAAACCAUUGUAAAACUGCUCAGUUUUCUUCAGCAAUCCUUUCCUAAAGAAGAAAGCACAUGGACUCCUUCAGCACAGCAGAUGCCAUCACUGCCCAGUGAACAGGACAAAGAGGAGAUCUAUCAAGCUACUUAUGAUCAGAAUAAGGAGUUAGCUGUAGAGAUCCAUAGGUUAAAUCUGCUGCUUUUGCGAACAGUUUCAACUGGAACUGCCUUAGGUGGUGAAAAGCGGGGCAUGAAAAUUGCCACAGCCAGUAUAAAUGGGACAAAAGUCAACAUAUCAAUGGGAAGUCGACUGGAUGUCAAUGGCUCACUAGGAUGCAUUCAGCUUGUAGAUUUGACUCAAGAAGGUGGAAGAAGUCAAUUUGUCGUGAGCAUUGGAAAUUUAGAAGAUAGUACCUUUGUCGAAGGUCCUGUAUUCCCUAGUUCUGCAUUAAUGCCAACUUCUGAGGCUUUAAAUUUCCACUUUUUGGAAAAGUCUCAAGGGGAAUGCUCUCUAGAGCUUCAUAUGGCAUCCCUACACUACAAUCACUCAGCCAAGUUCUUGAAAGAGCUCAGUCUUUCUGCCAGUGAGGUUGAAGACAACUUUCGCUCCAUGCUUAAGACUGCUGCCACGAAAGUUUCAAAUGUCCUGGCUACCAAAACAGCAGAAUACAGUGGUAUGGUGUCUCUCUUUGAGACCCCAUCCAGGAGAGCCAGGGCUCAGAGUCAGUGCAAUUGGCCAGUGGAAUCCUUUGAAGACAAUAAUGAUCCUGCUGAUCUUGAGACAGAACCAAGUGUGGACUCCUUCCUAGUCAAGCUUAUCCUAAACGUCAGUAUAGAAUCGCCUGUUGUGUCCAUUCCUCGGAAACCUGGUCACCCAGAGCUUCUUGUUGGUCAUCUUGGAAGCAUUGCAAUUCAGAACUUUGUUGCAGGGCAAGACUCUGAGCAGGAGAAAUUGCAAGUUGAGGUUAAGGAUAUAAGGCUGUAUUCUGUCAACACAAGUCACCUACUCCUGAGGAAAGGGUCCAACUCUAGUCAGUCUCCCUCUCAUAAGACUGUGUUCAACCUAGAUGAGCCACAGUUUACUCGCCAUGACUUCUUUGAAUAUCUAAGUCGUGGAAAAGCCUUUCACAUUCUUAAAGACACCACCAUCCAAUUUACACUCGAGAAGGUUCCUGCAGUUGAAGGAACACAGUUCUCCUUUCAGUCAUUUGAUGAACUGUACCACAGUGCAGGAUUACUUAGAGUUGAAGGCAAAUUUGUUAAUGCUGUUCAGGUUUUUCUUUGUAAACCUGUCUAUGAGCAGCUCCUCCAGACUCUAGAUAAUCUAUCUUUAAUUGAGGAUGAGAAAGUAAUUGCUCGUCAGCCUCCAACUCCGCCACCCCCUACACCCUCCUCUACCAAACCACAUCACUUCCCGCAGGGUGGGUUGUUCCCCCGAGAUCCCGCUCUUACCUUAUCUUCAAUAUCAUCCUCCCUCUCAACCCCUCUUCCUCUCCAGAAUCACAGCUCUUCUGUCGAGCCUCGCUCUUUCACCCAGGUCAGAGCCACUUUCAAGGUGUCUGAGCUCCAGGUACAACUGAGCGCGGAUCUUAGCCAAGGAUCUCAGGACCUGGUUAGUCUGCGUUUCCAGGACCUCGAAGGAGAGUUCACUAAAGACCAUCCUCACACUUUGUCAAUCCAACUGGCGCUUCACUCUCUGCUAAUGGAAGACCUUUUGGAGCAAAAUCCUGAUUCAAAGCACAAGCACCUCAUGGUUUCCAGAGGUGCCCCCAAACCAUCUACCUUCAACCCUAAAGAAUACCUUUCCCAAUCCUGCCCGUCAGCAUCUAGUGCUAUAUAUCCAGAAAUGCCGCGCUCACUGCCAGCUCAAAUGGAAGAAGCACAGAACGUCUUCCAGUUUUACCAGAGGCACCCAAGUACUCCUGCAUCCACCCGGAAAAGUAAGAAGGACUCAGAAUGCCCCAGCACCCCUCCCCCAUCGCCUUCUCGCAAUACGCCAUCUCCUCACCCUCUGCCAGACUUGGAUGACUCUUUGGUCCACAUCAAUGUGCUUCUGGUGGACAGACGGCAUCCUGAAUUUCAGACACGCUAUGGCAGCAUCGGUCGUAGUGUAGAUGUAGACUUCAACUGUCUAGAUGUUCUCAUCACACUGCAAACCUGGGUUGUCAUUCUGGACUUCUUCGGCAUUGGUUCUACUGCCAACAACCAUGCUGUGAAAGUGCCUAGUAGUUCUCCUCAACCUCUGUCCAACACUUCUCUUGCUGAUUUAACAGACAUGUUUCCUGAGAGUAAUGAAGAAGAAUCAGAGGAGAAGGUCAACACUAAGCUGGACCUGAAGGUUCAUUCUUUGUCUCUAGUGUUGAAUAAAAAGACCAAUGAGCUUGCUAAAGCUAGUGUGUCAAAAUUGUUUACACACUUAGAAAUGAUUGAGGGAGAUCUUGCCUUGCAAGGACGUCUGGGUAGCUUGUCACUAAGUGACCUGACCCCACAUGGAGAUUUGUACAGGGAACGCUUCACAACACGGGGUGGAGAGGCACUCAUUUUCAACAUGCUCAAGUAUGGAGAACCUGACCCUUUCCUGGAACGGGAGUUUGAUAUGAAGGUGUCUCUGCAGAUGGCUUCAGUGCAGUAUGUACACACACAGCGUUUCCAAACUGAGGUGGUGGCUUUCAUCCAGCACUUCACCCAGUUACAGGACGUUCUAGGCAGGCAGAGAGCGGCCGUGGAGGGUCAGGCGGUGCGUGAGCAUCCACAGCGAGCCUCACGUGUGCUCUUGGACAUUGAGGCAGGGGCUCCUGUCCUCCUGAUCCCAGAAAGCUCUCACUCAAAGCGCCUCAUAGUGGCCAACUUGGGCCAGCUCAAAGUGCGCAACAGCUUCCUGCCUGCAGGCACCCGUGGCACUUUUUCUCUCAAAGACAAGGUAGAGAAACUUACCAUGGCACAUACCUUUUUCCCAUCUCUGGAUCGUAUGAAGAAUGCUCGGCCUAAUUCUGGGAAAGUGAGUGAGGAGGUGCCAGCAGACAGAGUCAAAGCCUCCAGCACCACUGCUUCUGGCUUUACCUUAAGCAGGCCUCAGCCAGCCAUGGGACACAGCUCUAAUUCAGAUACACUUCCAAGUCCAGAGGAUCACGUGUGUCUGCUGGACUGCAUUGCCAUGGAUCUGCAGGAGAUGGAUUUAUUUGCUGCAGAGCGGCUGCCCUGUGAACCGUGGGACAGCGGAGUGAAGCGCCUAGACACAGACCUGGUUUUCCCCUCCUAUUCAGUGCGUAGGACUGGAGGCAGCCUGCUGAAGGAGCGCUGCCACCUUAAACUUAAAGUGGAACGCAACCUGGACAAGGAGCUGAGUCAUGCAGUCCCCGACAUGUCCAUCCAUGGCAGCCUGUCUUCUGUACACUGUUCCUUGGAUCUGGAGAGGUACCAGCUGAUUCGUGGCCUGCUCGAGCACAACCUGGGAGAGCCUGUGGAAGAGUUCCUCAGACCAUACAACCUACAGGACCCCAGAACCUAUACGGUGCUGAGUGGUGAUGUAUAUACAGGCUUCUCUUUCUUAGUUGACAUGAUGAAUGUCAGUUUGGAGUUGCUGGAUGGUCCCAAAUCCUCUGGACAUAAGCAGUCUUUGGCCAGGUUCAACUUUAUGAAAUCCAAGUUGCUGUUUGAGAGCUUCUCUGAUGGAUCCAAGUCUGUGAACCUGGUGUCUCAUUCACUCUUGGCCUACGACACGCGUUAUAGUGAGUCCAACAAGGCCACAGAGGGAAAGCACAAUGUAUUCAACUGCAUUCUGCAGCCCUCUAGAACAGGCUCCAAUCGAGCUUCCCUGCAAAUGGAGCUACAUUACAGAUCUACCCGGGAUUCCUCAUGUUUCACUGCGGUGCUAAACAACCUGCGAGUGUUCCUGAUUUUUGACUGGCUUCAGCUAGUCAGGGAUUUUCUGCGUAUGCCAGAGGAGAAGGGGGCAGAACCUACCCGCCAGCGCUGGCCCAGCAGCGGCAGUGACCCAGGCACGACAGGCGCUGUCAUGCCCAAAACUGUCAAGAUUGGAGUAGUUACAAAACGCUCCACUGUUCCUGUCACCCAGGACAAAUAUCUGGAGGUUAAACUCAAUGCUACUGGGACUGAAUUUGUGGUUGUGGAAGACUCGUCAUGUUCAGAUACCAAUGCCAUCGUUCUGAAGGGCACUACUGUCCUUACCUACAAGCCUCGUCUUCUGGACAGACCAUUCUCUGGCAGCUUGGCUGGAAUUGAGGUGUAUUCCUGCCGGCUGGGCAGUGAGCAGGACACGGCACUGUCUAUUAUUGAUCCUGUCAAUGUGCAAGUUGAGCUGUGUGGCAGUCCCACUUAUCAGAGCAGCUCAGGCCUGCUGGAUGCCUUCAACAUAGAAGAUUUUCCUCCGCUGCUAGAGAUCCAGUUUCCUACUCUGGAUAUCCGGCUGUCUUACAACGAUGUGCAGCUCUUUCUGGCUAUUGCUAAGUCCAUCCCCACUGGCUCACCAAGUGUUGCUGACCCUGCCUUUGACUCUCAGGCAGUUCAAUCCACUGCAAGCCCAGAGACCAGCACCAAACCAAAAGACAGCUUCAGACAUAGGACAGAAGCCCUAGUGGAAAGUCAGCUAACACGUCUUCAGGAUCUGGGAUUCAGGAGGGAAGAUUGCAGACGAGCUCUCAUUCAUUGCAAAGGUCGGUUGGAUCAGGCUGCCACAUGGCUGCUAGAAAACGCAGAGAGCACUUCUGGCAGGGGCAGAGCUGACUCUGAUUCAGGCUCCCACUCGGCUCCCUUUUUGUCUGGAGUGGAGGUCAAGGCCGAGAGUGUGUGCAUCUGCUUCAUUGAUGACUGCUUGGACUGUGAUGUCCCUCUGGCUGAACUCACCUUCUCACGGCUGUCUGUGCUGCAGAGGAUUGGAUCUACACAGGAAGGAAAAGCUAGUUUCACUCUGUCUGGAGAUUACUACAACAGGGAGCUCUCGGGCUGGGAGCCAUUUAUCGAGCCCUGGCCCUGUGUCCUAAGCUGGCAGCAGCAAGCGGCAGGCCGGCUCCAUCCUUCUCGCCUGAAAUUGGGAGUACAAGCCAAGCAGAGACUAGACAUGAACAUCACCUCCGUCUUACUCGACCAGUACAGCACCACCAAGACUUCAUGGUUAGCAGACUACUGUAAGGAAGACGAGCAGUCGCCACAGUCCUCCUCCUCCUUGUCUUGGAUGGGCUCCUCUGUAGACCCCCCCACUUUUGGACAGAGUGUUCCUCUUGCUCACCUUAGAACUAGGAGCACUGCCAGCUUGACUUGCCUUGAGCAACAGAUUCAUGCCCGAGCGGAUGUGAAGUUGUCUAAAAGGAGGCAGCCUUUCAUUCCCUACGCCCUGCGCAAUCAUACUGGCUGCACUAUGUGGUUUGCCACCCUCACCACCACCCCAACCAGGGUGGCACUGUCUCACAGCAGCAGUGCUGACUCUAUAUCAGACGUGCAUGGGCCUGGGACAGAUGACACACACAAUAUCAGUCAGUGGAGAGAGGUGCUACCAGGAGAGGAGAUUCCUUUUGAGUUUGAGGCCCGUGAGAAACUUAGACACAGACAUACCCAUGAGCUGAAGCUGCACCAGCUCCUGGUGCGCGUUGGAGGCUGGGAGCAGGUGAAGCCUGUCUCAGUUGAUAAAGUCGGUGUGUUCUUCCGCUACGCUGCUCCAGAUCGUAACAACCCCUCCAACACGGUUGGUAGUCCAAUCAGCAGAACCAACAUCAUACAUCCCCAUGUAUAUUUUUCAGCCUUGCCCCCUGUCAGAGUGGUGUUCUCCAUCACUAUGGAGGGUAGUGCACGCAAGGUAAUCACUGUACAGUCCGCUCUCGUGGUGAGAAAUCGCUUAGAAGUGCCCAUGGAGGUACGGCUAGACAGCCCUUCUGCUCCAGACAAGCCUGUUGUGCUUCCUCCUGUCCUGCCUGGAGAAGCUUUGGCUAUCCCUCUCCACCUGACCUCAUGGAGACUGCAGGCUCGGCCUAAAGGCUUGGGGCUGUUCUUCUGUAAGGUUCCCAUCCACUGGACCAGUGUGGAGCGUCCUGGCGAGGUCAGCAGCAGCAAGAGGGAGUGCCAGUCAGCUGACUUUGACGACCAAAACAAACGUAGCUUCAGGUUUUGCGUGGUUAUCAAGAAGGAGAACUAUCCUGAGCAGAAGCCGGCUAAAUUGGUCACUGGUAGUGCUAAGCAGAUUUACAGACAGCCAGGUCACACCAUCUACCUGUUACCCACCUUAGUGCUGACUAACCUGCUGCCCUGUGACCUCAUCUACUACAUCAAGGGGACCUCAAUCAAGGGAACCAUGAAGCCAGGCAAAGAGGCAGUGCUCCAUGCUGCAGACACCUCACAGAACAUAGAGUUAGGUGUUCUUCUGGAGAACUUCCCAGUGUGUAAGGAGCUGUUGAUUCCUUCUGGCACUCAGAACUAUGUUGUGCAAAUGCGUCUGUAUGACACAAACAAGCGGCUGCUGUGUCUCACCAUCCGCAUCAUUCUCCGAGCACAGGGGGCGCUCAAGAUCCUCAUCUCCGCCCCUUAUUGGCUCCUAAACAAGACAGGGCUGCCUCUGAUCUUCCGCCAGGACAACAGCAAAACUGAUGCUGCUGGGCAGUUUGAGGAGCACGAGCUAGCCAGGAGCCUGAGUCCACUCCUUUUCUGCUACACAGAGAAAGAAAAGCCUUUUACGUGUACUAUGCGUGUUGGUAAAGGGAUCCAUCCAGAUAGUGUACCAGGCUGGUGUCAGGGUUUCUCACUGGAUGGUGGACGUGGAGUCCGAGCAGUUAAAGUAAUCCAACCUGGGAACAGACCAGGGCUCAUCUAUAAUAUAGGAAUUAAUGUCAGAAAAGGGAAGGGACGCUACCAGGACACCCACAUUGUGACUUUUGCACCUCGCUAUCUGCUUGACAAUCAAUCUUCGCACAAGCUGGCUUUCUCCCAAAGAGAGUUUGCUAGAGGAAAGGGCACAGCAAAUCCCGAGGGCUAUAUCUCCACUCUGCCAGGCUCUAGCGUUGUGUUCCACUGGCCCAGGAAUGACUAUGACCAGCUCCUUUGUGUCCGACUUAUGGACGUACCUAACUGCACCUGGUCUGGAGGGUUUGAAGUCAACAAACCCAAAUCAUUCCAUGUCAAUAUGAGGGACACAUUGGGUAAUUGCUACUUUCUCCUUGCUGAAAUCGCCUUGAAAGUAGCAACCUAUCAGAUUUCAUUUAGUGACACAGACCAGUUGCCUCCACCUUUCCGCAUAGACAACAUGUCAGAGGUGCCAAUCCAGUUCUGGCAGUACGAAGUGCCAGAUAUCAGACUGCACACUGAAGUGAAAGCUGGAGCGGUACUGGACUAUGCCUGUGACGAACCCAUUCUUCCUCCUUACCUUACACUGACUGUAAAAGGAGCCGGCUCCUCGGAGGUCACUGCUAACAUGAACUGCUUUAGAGAGUAUAACAAACUCUACUAUGAGAACUUCAUCUACAUCGCUGCAACUUUCACAUUCUCUCAGGAUGCGAGUAAAAGGCCAGGAGCAAUGAAGCGUGAUGCCAGCUGUGCUGAACUAGUGCUCGAUGUCGAGCCAAAGACACAGAGAGUUGUACUAAAGAAAAAGGAACCAGGAAAGCGCUCUCAGCUGUGGAGGAUGAGUGGAAAAGGAAUGCUUUGUCAUGAGGGUUCCUCUCCCCCUCAGAGUAAACCUGCCCAACCCCGACCUCUUGAAUUCUCCAUGGUGCUGGACAUCGCUGGGCUUGCUGCAGUCACAGACAACAGCUACGAGCCAUUGAUGCUGAAGCGGCCAGACCCUCGCCGCAGUACUACCCAGACCUGGCACUUCUGCUCUGGCAUGCUAACCUGUGGCUUACCCAGACUAGUGGUGCAGGUGAAGGGAGGAGUCUCAGGUCUGUAUGAUGGUGCAGAGGUGGUGCUUGGACCUGACUCGGGGCUGCUUGAAAAGCCCCCAGAACAGCAGUUUAUCAAUCAGAAGAUGAGGCCUGGCUCGGGGGUGCUGUCUGUGCAGGUCCUCCCUGACGGACCCACUCGUGUACUGCAGAUCAGUGACUUCAAUCAGCGGCGAAUAAACAGAACUUCUCCCAGCACAGAGGAGAACCAGAACAAGGAGAACACACAAAAAAAGGAUACAGAGAAGGAACUUGAGGUGUCGGUAAACUUGGAGGAUGGAAUAGGUCUGUCUCUGGUUAACAAGGUGCCUGAGGAGCUCGUGUUUGCCACACUGUGUGGCAUCAAUCUGCAAUUUACACGCACUGCCGCCAGCCAGGUCCUGGAGCUCAGCGUGAAGACAAUCCAGGUGGAUAACCAGCUCCUGGGCACCACACAGCCAGUGAUGCUGUGUGUAACUCCCAACUCCAGUGAGAGCACCGUGGUGGAUUCUGGACCUGCUCUGCAAGUCAAUGCUGUCAAAUUGCCCAGCAGUCUCAUGCUUACAGAGCUCUUCAAGCAUCUUAUGGUCACUGCUCAGCGCUUCACUGUCAUCAUAGAAGAGAAACUCUUGCUCAAACUGCUGGCAUUCUUUGGCUAUGGGAAAACAGAAGGAGAGGAACGGGGGUGUGUUUCAGAGGUCGAGAAGUUGGAUGAGAACCUGUAUGAGAAGGCCAGUGAGGAAGCAGGGCCUCGAAAACGCUAUUACUUUGAGAACCUGAAGAUCAGUCUCCCCCAAGUUAAACUAAGUGUCUUCACUUCACACAAGCUGCCUCCAGACCUGAAGACUCUAAAGGGAACUCUGGGAAUCCCACUCAUCAGAUUUGAGGAUGCUGUCAUUAAUAUGUAUCCCUUCACUCGAGUCCACCCAUACGAAACCCAGGAAAUUAUCAUCAAUGACAUACUCAAGCACUUCAGAGAGGAGCUGAUGAGUCAGGCUGCUCAGAUACUCGGCUCAGUGGAUUUCUUGGGCAAUCCCAUGGGCUUGCUAAACGAUGUCACAGAGGGCGUGUCCGAACUCAUCAAGUAUGGAAACGUAGGAGGCCUGAUCCGCAAUGUAACACAUGGGGUCUCCAAUUCAGCAGCUAAGUUUGCUGGUACCCUUUCAGAUGGACUUGGGAAGACCAUGGACCACCGGCACCAGAGCGAGCGAGAGUACAUUCGUUACCACGGAGCGACCAGCGGGGAGCAUUUAGUGGCAGGCAUUCAUGGGCUUACUCAUGGUAUUAUCGGUGGCUUGACCAGCGUGAUCACAUCGACCGUGGAAGGAGUGAAAACGGAGGGCGGCGUAAGCGGCUUUUUCUCAGGUCUAGGCAAAGGCCUUGUUGGGACGGUGACCAAGCCAGUAGCAGGGGCGCUGGAUUUUGCCUCAGAGACAGCACAGACUGUUAGAGACAUGGCCAGUCUGAGCAACCACAGGUUGUGUGUGCAGCGCGUGAGGAAACCCCGUUGCUGUAAGGGCCCUCAGGGUCUGCUCCCUCGCUUCUCCUCCACACAGGCCGAUGGACAGGAGCAACUCUUUCGCCUCACAGAUAACAUCCACUCUGAAUACUUCAUUGCCGUGGAGCCCAUAGACACCUACUGUGUGCUCAUCUCCUCUAAAGUCGUGUACUUCCUUAAACCCGGGGAAUAUGUGGAUCGGGAAGCCAUUUUUCUCGAGGUAAAAUAUGAUGACCUUUACCACUGCCUGGUUUCCAAGGAUCAUGGGAAAGUGUAUGUUCAGCUCACCAAGAAGGCUGAAAGCACUAGUAGCGGGGUAGCCAUUCCAGGCCCAUCACAUCAAAAGCCCAUGGUUCACGUACGAAGUGAGAGCCUGGCAGUGAAGAUCUCGCAAGAAGUCAACUACGCCAAGAGCCUUUACUAUGAGCAGCAGCUCAUGUUACCCCCCAGUGAGAACGAGGAUAGUUUACUAUUGGACUGCUGACGAAAUUAACUCGCAUUUGGUAGAUGUCUGUUUAUUUUCUUGCACUGUUUUUAAGGCAUACAUGAAAAGUGAGUACUCACAUUUAGGCAGACAUGCUCUCACUGAAGGAUUGGUUUCAUGAUGCAAACUAGUCUACUGUAAUAUUCUCCAUCAAGCACAUUUGACUGGCAAAUAUGCAAGAUUUUACUCCUCUGUUAAACAUAGAAGAUUGCUAUUUUGUUUUACAGAUGUCUAUAUAGUUUAUGAGUGGUUACUGUUGCUAAAAUUAUGCAUAAAACUAAUCUUGUAUAUGUUUGUUUAUAGGCCAGUUAUAGCCAGUAUGUCACUUGUCAUGUACAUAUUGUGGAAAUUUGAGCGACAAGAUUAAUGUACAAAACUGCCUUUAAAAUAGUUUUCUAUGUAAAUGAGAGAAUUGUGUGGUUGAGGAAAUUGCACUGAUGUAGAUGUAAGAAAUUGCUGCUGCCCUCAUUGCUUACUGUAGCGUAAGUACAGUGCACACACACACACACGAUUAACAGCUACAGGGAAGUGUAAAUAAUAUUUCAUCAUGCCGAAGAGCCCUGACAAGGAAACCACUAGAAUUUUAUUUAUUUAUAUCUCUUUUCCUUCUAUAAACUAUUUUCCAUGAUAGUGGCAUUUGAAAAAAAAUAAAAUCUUGUAAAUCUUCAGUAAUAAUAUAUAGGCCUGCUGUUUGAAACACAAACAGUUCACUAAAGUCUAUAGCACAGAAUGAGACUCAAUAAUAAUUUAAUCACUACAAUAAUCACGAAUACUUUGACAUUUGGCCUGGACAUGUAGAUUUAUUGCUUUUGUUGCAAAUAAACAAUUGCUAAUCUGGCAAAGAUUGCAAAUGCAAGAUUGUGCAAGAUUUGGUGCCUUUUUUGUUGCUGGUGUUCUUUUUUUUUUUCUUAAUUAUUAGAUCCUCCUUCCUUUUGCAUGAUAUCUUAUUUUUUAUACCUCAAAAUUUGUACCCCUGAUUGAUGCUGAUUUUCAUUUAUCCAUUGUCUACCACUAAAUAUAUUUGUGUGGCAGUCUGGGAAAACCAUUCACAUAUGUCAAACUGUGACAUUUUCUACAAUAUGAAAUUGUGAAAAGUGCGAGUUUUUCCGAACUGAAAUGUGUUUUUUUCUUUUCACGUAUCUCAACCACAAGUAAAGUUAGAGCAUUUUAAAUUCUGGUUAUGCCCAAGAUUCAAUUCCAGUUACACUUGAGGCACACAAUGCAUUCAUUGCCUAAAAGCAAUUAUUGAUUACAUUUGAAUUCAGGUUAACAUACAACAAUUAGAUUAUCUGUUGCAUGUGUUAUCACAUAAGUUCAAGUUUAUUUAUCAUCCACCUCAGUCUCUUCAGUCUUAUCAGCUGAAGUAAAAGUUCUGUACUGUUGGCCAAAUUUUUAUUAGACAAUUUAAAAUUGUUGUCCACUGUCAUUGUUGUUCUCUGUUUUGAUGAUGAUGUGAUGGUGCAGCAGUGUUGCGGCCAUUUUGGUACCUGUUUACAAACUAAUUUGAUUAGACUUGUGUACAUUUUGCUACAGCACAUAAUGAAGCAUCUGACAACCUGAUCAAAGCAUGACCUUCACUGUGUGAGGAAAUCACACUUACCUAGUGAGGUUUUAGGCAUCUUUAGGCAGACUGACUGCAUUUACUGCUGUGUUUGUUAAACUGGCUCCUUACCCACCAUGAGCUUUGUAGAAAUCCUAGACAAGAAUAUAAAGCAAAUAAAUACAUUUCCAUGAUGUUUUGAUGAAAACUACUUGUUUUCUUAAGUAGUAGAUAUGUCAAAGUAAAUCACUGGCCGUUUUCCACAAUUCAGCCACAGUGACAUCUGACGGGUUUUCCCAGACCACCACACAUAUAAGGAUUAAAUUAGCAAAUCUACUGAAUAAUUGCACUCUGAUGCUUAGUUGAACACCUCUUUUUUUCUUCUCAUAAUAUUAUUUUCUGCACAUUGUUUUUAUUUCUAAUUGUAUCAUACCACUGCUAUUAAAAUCAUUUAAAAUACACUGAUCUAUGCAUAUAUGUACGUUAAGUUUACAAGUUAGUAAUUGUAUGUUAACAGGUUUACAAACGACCAAAGACAAGACCUUGAAAUUAAUUAAUUCAUCCUUCACUCUCUUACUCAGCUGUGUGUAUUUGAGGUCAUGAUAGCCUACCCAUCUUCCAACUACUUCAAAUGUAAAAGAAUGUCAGAUAUGAAUGAUUUGUUUUUCCUCAUUUUGUGAAUUUCUGUGAUGCUUUCUUUAAUCAGCUUGAACGUUUUCCAGUAACAAAGUUAACAAAUUUGAAGGGACUUUUCUUUGCGUUAGUAGUUCCCCGCAUCGGUGGGGAUACGUAAGCAUUUUAAAUCACAUCAUCACAUCAUCAUUUUAAAUGCUUAUGUAAGAGGAUACAUGUGACGUACCAGUUCAGUGCAGCAGUGUUACACGGUAGUAGGAAAAGACAACUGCCCAGAAACGUCAGGUGAAUCACGCAUUGUGUAAAUCUCAUUGUUUUAAGUGUAUAUAUUGUAAAGCCUAAUAAAACUUGUGGUUUUUAGAUUCAAAUGAA